AUGGCUUCUAGCAACAACAACACAAUUGGGGUUGAUAAUACAUUCAGGAAGAAGUUCGAUACGGAAGAGUUUAAGGAACGAGCUCGUGAACGCGAAAAGAAGGAGUCAGAUCGGUCUAAAUCUCGGCCCAAAGGUCCUCCUGUGCAAAGAGCUCCUUUGAAGCAUAGAGAUUAUCAUGUAGACUUAGAAUCUCGCCUGGGCAAGACACAGGUUGUCACUCCGGUAGCGCCUCUAAGCCAGCAGGCGGGAUAUUUCUGUCGCGUUUGUGAAUGUGUUGUCAAAGAUUCGGCUAACUACUUGGAUCACAUUAAUGGGAAGAAACAUCAAAGGGCGUUGGGAAUGUCUAUGCGGGUGGAGAGAUCGUCUCUUGAACAGGUCCAGGAGCGGUUUGAGGUGUUAAAGAAGAGGAAAACGCCAGGAACAUUCACAGAACAAGACCUGGACGAACGCAUCCGGAAACAGCAAGAAGAUGAGGAAGAACUAAAAAGGCAGCGGCGGGAGAAAAAGAAAGAGAAGAAGAAAGCGAAGGUGGUGGAAGAGGAGCCUGAGAUGGAUCCUGAGGUUGCAGAGAUGAUGGGAUUUGGGGGCUUUGGAUCUUCCAAAAAAUCAUGA